AUGGCAGUGGCCGGGCAGGAGGAGUACGCGUACCUCUACGAGGACUCCGCUCACCCCGCCGAGUUCCUGGAGGCGUUCCGGGCGUUCUACCUGGACGGGCUGUUCACCGACAUCACCCUGCAGUGCGCUUCGGGGGUCAUUUUCCACUGCCACAGAGCCGCCUUAGCAGCUUGCAGCAAUUAUUUUAAAGCCAUGUUCACAGCCGAUAUGAAAGAGAAAUCUAAAAACCAGAUCAGACUUCCCGGGCUCAGCCAUGCCGUACUGGAAGCCCUCGUGAAUUAUGCAUAUACAUCACAGAUCCAGAUAACAAAGAGAAAUGUCCAAAGCCUACUCCAGGCUGCAGACCUCCUCCAGUUCGUGUCAGUAAAGAAAGCCUGUGAGCAGUUUCUAGUGAGGCACUUAGAUACCGACAACUGCAUAGGGAUGCACUCCUUUGCGGAAUACCACGAUUGCUCGGAGCUAGAAAAAGAAUCCAGGAGGAUAUUGCUAUGGCAGUUUGAAGAAGUGUGGAAGCAGGAAGAGUUUCUGGACAUUGGCAAGGAGAAGCUCUCUUUUAUUCUGUCCAGAGAGAAUCUCAAUGUUUGGAAAGAAGAGGCAGCUGUCGAAGCUGUCAUUAAGUGGGUUGCACACAACGUGGAAGAAAGAAUUGAAGACAUCUAUGAACUGCUAAGCUGCAUCAAAGUCGACUUAGAUAACAUGUAUUUGAGGUCAGCUUUAAGCCUGCAAAAAAAAUGCCGGCUUAAUGACAGUAAGAUAAGGUCACUCAUUUGCAAUGCCCUGAACCCCAAUCCCAAAGGUCUUUCCAGAAGACCCACAGCAGCCAUGUAUGUGAUAGGGGGAUAUUAUUGGCAUCCCCUAUCAGAAGUGCAUGUUUGGGAUCCUUUAACCAACGCAUGGAUCCAGGGAACAGAGAUGCCAGAUCACACCAGAGAGAGCUAUGGGGUCACGAGCUUGGGACCAGACAUAUAUGUGACAGGAGGUUAUAGAACGGAGAGCAUUGAAGCCCUUGACACCGUGUGGAUAUAUAACAGUGAGAGAGAUGAAUGGACAGAAGGCUGCCCCAUGCUUGACGCAAGGUAUUAUCACUGCGCAGUUUCCUUGAGUGGCUGCAUCUACGCGUUGGGUGGUUACCGAAAGGGAGCUCCCGUGCCAGAGGCUGAGUUCUAUGAUCCUUUAAAAAAGAAAUGGUUUCCUAUUGCAAACAUGAUCAAAGGUGUUGGAAAUGCCACUGCCUGUGUCCUGCAUGAAUUCAUCUACGUAACCGGAGGUCACUAUGGGUACAGGGGAAGCUGCACCUAUGAUAAAAUCCAGAGGUACCAUUCAGGUAGCAAUGAGUGGAGUAUAGUCACCACAAGUCCGCAUCCAGAAUACGGAUUGUGUUCAAUUACACUACAAAACAAGAUCUAUUUUGUGGGUGGACAGACCACGAUUACGGACUGCUAUGACCCAGAGCAAAACGAGUGGAAGCAGAUGGCGCACAUGAUGGAGAGAAGGAUGGAGUGUGGCGCAGUGGUUAUGAACGGAUGCAUCUAUGUAACAGGAGGAUAUUCCUAUUCAAAAGGAACAUACCUGCAGAGUAUUGAAAAAUACAACCCUGAACUGAAUAAAUGGGAAGCAGUAGGUAAUCUUCCCAGCGCUAUGCGGUCACAUGGCUGUGUCUGUGUGUAUAAUGUGUAA